GUGGAAAUCUUCACUAGCGUAUAUUCCAUUUCAUUCCAUUUUUAAAUACGAAACAUUCGUAAUGCAUUAGGCAAUAAACCAACGUUGGUAUGCUUGUCGCGAAGCCUUUAAACACCAGAUUACUCAAAUCUACGUGUGUUACUUGUUGAUAUUUCCAGUAAUUGCGAUUCCGUCUAGGGAAAUAUGCAUCGAUUCAUUUUCACAUUGAACCUCUUGCUUCUCUCCUGCUUGUGGUAUCUUCACAAUCUUUUCCUGAAUUACAACCAGGAAAAACUAGAAAGUGCAACAAUUAUGAAGGACAUCAAACCAAAGAGAAAUAAACCACUACUGAGUUAUACAAAUAGCCAAUAUAUGCGAUUCAGCAACGUUACCUACUUCGGUCGACCGAAAAAAAUUCUAUAUGCCACCUACAUUUAUGAAUUGAUAGAUCCCACGAUUUCUACGAUGCGAUAUAUGGAGGAGAAAAAACCCAAAUCUAAAUCUUUGCAAUCCGACCUCUUUUCGACAGAAUUAAACAGGAAUGAAUACACAAGACUGUGGCUGGAAUCUAUGAUGGCAUUACAGAAAGAGUAAUAAGGAACGAACGAAAAUUGAAAAACGUAAUUUUCCAUGUUAGCUAAACUCUUUCUAUCCUAUCAUAUUUCACCUUCAGGACUUGAAGAGAUAAAAAAUAAUUAUUUUGAAUCAGUAAUUUUUAUACCAACAAUAUUUGAUAGCUUUGAUACGAAUAAUGAUGCGCGGUCAAAGAAAAGGAAUUUUUGAUGUCUAUUUUUGAACCUGAUAUGUUCUAGAAAUGCGCAUACUUUCAAUCCUAUCUUUUAUGUUUGGGUCAAGCAUAAAAUUUAACCUUUUUUCAUUUUUAUCAAAAUGCAAGUCGGCCAUUUUAAUAAUUUCAUUUCAUGUUAUGUUGCUUGUGUGAUACAAGAAAUGAUAUAGAAAUCUCUCAAAUAUUUAUGAACAAAACAUGAAUAUAACCCCAAAAAUUUCAA